AGAGGCUGCUCCAGGGCCGCACUUCCGGCCAUCUCCCUGGGAGACGCGCAUUGUGGAGUCGGGAGCAGGCGGUGCAAGUUAGGGUCUCCGGUGGCCGGGACCGCUGUACCGGCCCCGCGGGCGGGAUGUUCCGGGGUUUGAGCAGUUGGCUUGGCUUGGAGCAGCCGGCGGCGAGUGGCCGGCAAUCUGAGGGAGACGGGCAGGUCGAGGGAGACGCUCCACCCCAGCAGUGCUCCGAAGAGGUGUCAGAGUCGGCAGAGGAGGAGCCGCGGCAAGCGGGGGACCAGGAACUCCUUCAUCAGGCAAAAGGCCUCGGCAACUAUCUGUUUAGCUUUGCAACUGCUGCUACAAAAAAGAUAACUGAAUCAGUUGCUGAAACCGCACAAACAAUAAAGAAAUCAGUAGAAGAAGGAAAAAUAGAUGACAUCAUUGAUAAGACAAUUAUAGGAGAUUUUCAGAAGGAACAGAAAAAAUUUGUUGAGGAACAGCUUACCAAAAAGUCAGAAGCAGCAGUACCCCCAUGGGUUGAUAGUAAUGAUGAAGAAACAAUUCAACAACAAAUCUUGGCCUUAUCAGCUGACAAGAGGAAUUUCCUUCGUGACCCUCCAGCUGGAGUGCAGUUUAAUUUUGACUUUGACCAGAUGUAUCCCGUCGCCCUGGUCAUGCUUCAAGAGGACGAGCUGCUGAGUAGGAUGAGAUUCGCCCUUGUUCCUAAACUCGUGAAGGAAGACGUGUUUUGGAGGAACUACUUUUACCGCGUCUCCCUGAUUAAGCAGUCAGCCCAGCUCACAGCCCUGGCCGCCCAGCAGCAGGCCUCCGGGAAGGAGGAGAAGAGCCAUGGCACUGAGGAGGACCUGCCACUGGCAGAGGCAGUACGGCCCAAAACACCACCUGUCGUAAUCAAAUCUCAGCUUAAAACUCAAGAGGAUGAAGAGGAGAUUUCGACCAGCCCAGGGGUUUCUGAGUUUGUCAGUGAUGCCUUUGAUGCCUGUAACUUAAAUCAGGAGGAUCUGAGGAAGGAAAUGGAGCAACUGGUUCUUGACAAAAAGGAGGAGGAGACAGCCAUUCUAGAAGAAGAUUCUGCAGAUUGGGAAAAAGAACUACAACAGGAACUUCAGGAAUAUGAAGUGGUGACAGAAUCAGAGAAACGAGAUGAAAACUGGGAUAAGGAAAUAGAGAAAAUGCUGCAGGAGGAAAAUUAGCUCUUUCCUGAAAUAAAAGAAUAAUGCUUAACAUUCUGUAACUGACAUUAAAUUCUAGAUGACGACACUCGCUGAAUCAGAAUGCAAAAAAGAUUGGUAUAACUACGAAAUUCAAGAUUAUUCUUUUUUCAAGCUGAAAUUUGCCUUUUUUGCAUUUAUAAAAAGUAUAUAGAACAGUUAUUCUAAUAAUCAAAAAGGGAUGUUUUAUGUAAUAUUUCUUUAAUAUAAAUCUAGAGAUAUUCAUGUAGUUACUAUGGAUAUCUUUGCCACAGAAAUGCAAGUAAAAUUUUAGAGUUCUGUUUUCCAUGAGGUCAGAAUUAUAAUUUAUUCUUCAAUUGUUUUUUCCUAAACAUUUGUACUUCUUGUUGCAUUUUCACUGAUACAUGUAUUUGUUGAAGUACUUACGUAACGGAUUGAUAACUAUCAAAAUGACCAAAUUGUACCAAAGAACUUAAGAAGAAGCACUUUCAAGACUAUUUUCUUGGUAGGUAUUUUCUAAAAUUCCCUCUAGAAGCCAAAAGGUAAGAUAAUUAUGUUGAUUUUCAUAGUGUAAACAUCACACAGUUUGACAUUGAGAAAUACUGUGCAGAAACAUUUGUUUUUUUCUGGGGCCUUUUCUUUCUUGUGUUGUUGUUUGUUUCUUUGUUUUUUUAACUAUACCACGUUUAGUAUCGUUGCUUUCCUAAAUUCCACAUCACAGUUUUUGUAGAAAGCAGGGUCUUUUGUCCUUUUUAUAUUAAUGACCUUCAUAAGCCCAUUCACCUUACAGUCUCUUGUUUUUGUUUAAAUCAUCAUCACAUAUAAAUGUUUCAGUUUCGUUUGUUUGUCUUAGUUAAACUGUCGGUCCUUAUAAAAUUGUGUUCCUCUAAGUACAACUUGUGGAACUUCACUGCUCAAUCCUGCUUGUAUUCUGCUACACCAGCAGGCCCAUGCUCAUAGAAUAUGGUUUUUUUUUUUUUUAAAGAUUUUAUUUAUUUAUUUGACAGAGACACAGCGAGAGAGGAAACACAAGCAGGGGGAGAGGGAGAAGCAGGCCUCCCGCCGAGCAGGGAGCCCGAUGUGGGGCUGGAUCCCAGGACCCUGGGAUCAUGACCUGAGCCGAAGGCAGAGGCUUAACGACUGAGCCACCCAGGCGCCCCAGGAUAUGGUAUUUUAAAAGAACAAGGUGGCUUAAUGUCAGAACACUUCCGAGGCAUUUGCUUCCUAAAACGUUCAUAUUUUUCAAGGAACCUUUAUUUCAUAAACGGGAAUAGAAUUAAGACAGUCCUUUAUAGGAAAAACGUACAUAUUUCUGUUCUUCACUCCAUAAAAAUUAGUCCAUGGUCCUCUGGCAAAGGUAUAGUCAACGAGAGAACUGGGUGUGCGUCCAAGCUUUCCUCUUGUUUGUAGCUUGGUGCACACACUUGUGAAUGAGCCAGACUGUCUCAGCUAGGAUCCCUUGGGUUAUAGCAAUAAACUCACGUAUUCUGUGAAACCACUGACUCCAUUAUGAAGGGAUCUCCCCUUGUGGUGCCACAGUUGCUGAUUACUGAGUUUGGUUUCAGAGAUGGUGACUGGCAACUUCUAAAAUAAUCCUAUUGAAGGGAGAAGUUUGGGUUUUUUUAAAGUAGAGUUUUCUGGAGGGAAAGAAACAUGUAAAAUGUUUUUAAGUAGCUAAAAGUCCUGGAUGUAAGCAGAUCAUAUAUGACAGUGCUUGGCUCUUGGUAUAUGCACUAAAAUUCACAUUGUUGAAUAAAUACAAAAAAGCAAAGGUUUCAGAGAAAGUAAAAAAAAAAAAACUAAAAUGACAAUAGACAUUAUAAUUGUUACUAUGAACUUUACAUGAUACUCUUAUUGCAUUUGAAAACAACCUAAUUGUGUAUUGCUUUAUGAAAACAGAAGGCUGAAAUAAGAUUUAAUACACAGCAUAAAAAUACAGUUAUGCUCUAUUUUUAAUGAUUCAAAUAGGAGUAAAAUGUUCUGCUCUUUUAAUUGAUACAGGUAACUGAAGUGUAUUCCUUUAAAGGAAAAAAUAAUUUGUAACCAUGUUGGGUGGAAAAUUUCUAAGUAUUUAUUACAUGCCUGGGGGAUAGCCAACAAGCUAUGCUGAGCAUAAAAACACAUAAGCUUCACACUAUGGGGAUUAUACCUCACUACUCACAGUGUGGCUCAGGAACCAGUGAUGGCCUGCCCUAGGAGUUUGCUAGAAAUGCAGGGUUUCAGGCCAUGCCACAGACCUGCUGGCCCAGACCCUGCACGUUACCGAGAGCCCCAGGGAUUAGAAUGGGCUUUACAGUUUGAGUCAAAUUGGACUAACGCACUAACGCCCUCAGGGCAACCAAGGUUGCUGGUGCUUUUUACUUUGUACUCUUCCACUAGCAUCGUUGGAUGAUGGGGUCUUUCUAGUUGGUGUUACAGAUGCCUCCUCUGCUGUUGCAGUUAGUUCGUGCUGCCAAUUCACCUUUUCACACUGCCAAAUAAAGAGGAACCAAGCUCCCAGGAAGACCAUGAAUGAUCCUGCUAAGCCAGAUCUUUCUGAUGUCACACAUUUCAGAGGAAAAUGACAACACUACAAAGUGCAGAGAUAAGGCUCCCUGAGAAUUGUUUCACAUGUUCACAAGCUUUCUCUGAGGUUCUUGAGUGGCAUCAGAGGGCUGAUGUCCCCCGAAGGCCAUAAAGGAUGGAACGUACCAUGUAUGGCACGUUCAUGCACAUGAAAUCAAGUAAAAAUAUUUGGAAAGGUAAUAGAGUAUGGACCCAAGCUAUGUCUUUAAGGCCAAUUUUAGGUACAUGGAGUCUUAUUUUACAAGAACGGAAACUAUUUGCAGUUCCAGCAGUUUAUGGCAAGUCAAGUCCACGGAUGCAGCCAGUCUCAGCAGGAGCUCGUGCUCUGCUACCGCCAACUCAGUUACAGUGUCACAAAUUCAUAUGCAAAAGUGGCAACUUCUUAGAAGAAGUGGGAAAUCUCAGUUGGUAAGUUUUGAAAAGAAACUAGAGAACCUUAUCUUUUAGUAGAUAAAGCAGCAAUGAAUGAUACUUGUAACUCAGAGUGCUUUCAGCUACCCUACAGUAAGCAAGAUGGUUUUUCACAAACUAUUAUUACAAAUAGGAUUUUUAGGACAUUUUAAAGGUUUACCAAAAAAAAAAACCUUACGAUCACAUCCAACUUGCAAUAGUUUAUUUCCCUCCUUGACCACUUUGGUAUAAAAACCAUGACUUCAGUGAAUGUGCUUCUGUAAUUUAAAUAAUUUGAUAUGGUUCUUUCUGGUAAUAGAUUUUUCCCUCCAUUUUAAAGUAAAACCUUUUUCAACAGCAAAAAUGAGGGGCAUUUAAUUUUCACAAAUUUAUGUUUCAGCUUUUAAAAAUAUAAGUGGUAGGAAUUUUGAUACAGUUUAUAUAAUCAGUUUUAUGGGGGGGGGGGACAGGCCUUUUUAAUGAUUAUUUCCAGACUAUAUUGAUAGGAAAAUAAAAUUACAAAAUGCAUGUUACAAUACCCAAAAAAGAUGGUGCUUAGAAAACUAAUGAGUCAUGACAUGACAAAUAUAUAUUCAUGAAGCUUUAAUCACAUGCAGUUACAUAUUUCUUAUCAAUCAAUUGUUAUCUGGUCUUCACACUUAGGGAUUUGUUCAGAUGAAGCCGUUUAUGAUUUCAGUUGUUAAACUAUGAUUAGUUUUUAACAGCAUUUAUUCAGUGCAUUCUGAUUUAUUUCCAAUAUGAAAAAACUAUAUUCCACUUUGUUCUGAAUAAACCUCAUUUUUAGUGAUAA